AUGGCUGCUAAAUCAGUUGCUGCUGGCAACAAAAGAAAAGCCACCCCAACCGCAAAGGGAUCGUCUGAUUCAAAAAAGGCUCGACUCUCCAAGCCUCAGACCGCGCCAGACUCCAAAGAUGAGGACGUCUCUGUCUCAUGCCCUGAACCCGACGGCGGUGUGAAGCUUGAAAAGAAGCCGUACAGCCAAAAGUUUGCCAAGAAACCUGAUGCCGGUGCGAAUGCCAGUGGUUUCGAUCGUAACGGCAUGACCUCGAGGGAAACUCAUGCCAAGCAAAAACAACUGGCGCAAGAGCGCAGGGCCGCCAAGCCCUUGGCCGACGACGUACAGCGCACCAAGAAAAUCUGGGAGCGGCUGAGGAUAAAAUCUCAAGUGCCCAAAGAAGAACGACAGAAAUUGGUCCAGGAGCUGUUUGGCAUCAUCACCGGGCGAUGCAAGGACUUUGUUUUGAAACACGAUGCCGUUCGAGCCGUCCAGACGGCCAUCAAGUACGCCACUCCAGCUCAGAGAAGGCAAAUCGCACGCGAGCUCGACGGAUCGUACGCGCAGCUCGCGGAAAGCAAAUACGCCAAGUUCCUCAUUGGCAAACUGCUCGUGCAUAAUGACGACGAGAUUCGAGAUUUGGUCAUUCCAAACUUCUUUGGCAAAGUUCGGAAGCUCAUCAAUCACGCAGAGGCCUCUUGGAUCUUGGACGACAUUUAUCGAACAGUUGCCACCAAGGAGCACAAGGCCCUCCUUCUACGCGAGUGGUACGGACCCGAGUUUAGCAUCCGGGAACUGACAAAGGACUCCAAGCCUACUUCGGAUCUGAGCAAGAUUCUCCAGGCCGAACCCAGCAAGCGCGGACCCAUCAUGAAGGGCUUGCUGGACAUGAUCAACUCGCUCGUCCAGAAGCGCAUGUCUGGCUUCACCAUGCUCCACGAUGCCAUGUUGCAAUACUUUCUCAACACACAGCCGGGCACAGAGGAGUUUGCUGAAUUUAUUGAAAUGGUCAAGGGAGAUGAGUCUGGCGAUCUGCUGAAAAACAUGGCCUUUACCAAGUCUGGUGGCCGGCUUUCAUGCCUUUUGCUGUCUUACGGAUCGGCAAAGGAUAGGAAGCAAUACCUCAAGAUGUACAAGGACACCUGGCUUCUCAUGUCUGGUGACGCCUAUGCCCACACAAUCAUCCUGGCCACGUACGAUGUCAUGGACGACACCAAACUCACAGCCAAAUCAAUAUUCCCCGAGCUUGUUGGAGAAAAAGACGAGGAGGUCGCCCAGAACAUUGUCAGCGCCGCGAAUAACCCCUACGCCAGGACCACGUUCCUGUACUUGUUUGAAGGCCUAUCGAGGUCAUUGUUCCCUGCCAGCCACUCGUUCGAUCUUGAUAUCCUCAAGGAAGUGCAUGAGAUUCGCAAGACGACGAGCAAGAAGGAUGAAGAUGUCAGAAGAAAGGAACUCGUCGCCGCGCUUUCGCCGUAUUUGAUUUCCGCCAUUGAAAAGAGUGCCGACGAUUUCACAGCUACAGCCUUUGGGUGUCAAUUCGUUGCCGACAUUCUCCUCUCCGGGACCGGAGACAAGGCCAAAGCCCUCGAAGCCGUCGCCCAGUCCGCUGCCGGCGACCCCAAGGAGAAAUCUGCGGACGAGGGCGCGCGUGCCAGGCCGCACAUGUCAGCGGCUCCCCACGGCGGGCGGAUGCUCAAAUCGCUCAUUCAGGGUGGAAAAUACGACAAGGCGGCCGGCAAGAUCAUCCCCGCCGACGACCCUCUCAAAUUUGCGGACAUUCUGUAUCCCGUUAUCAAGGACUACAUCCUGGAUUGGGCGACCGGUCCAAGCUCCUUUGUCGUCGUCGGGCUGAUGGAGUCGGAGGACUUUGGCAGCUCCGACGAGCUCAAGAAGACGCUCAAGAAGAACAGGAAAUUACUGGACAAGGCGGCUUCCGAAAUGACGCCAGAGCAAAAGGCGGCCAAGGAGGCCCAAGAGGACAAGAAGACAGAGAAGAGCGGGGGCAAGGGCAAAAAGAAGGCCGAGGCCCCUGUUGGAAACGCAGGUAGCAAGCUUCUGCUGGAGAAGCUGUAA